AUGUCUGUCUCUCCUCCUGUAUUCAAUGUCCAUACUCCCACAUCUUCUUUCGCGCUCAUCCACUCUCCAAUUAUACGACAAGCUUUCGAGAAAGUCAAAUACAGGGCUUCCAUGGAAAGCGUGUUGGUCCUGGUUGGAUCAAGUACAAUUGGAAUGACGCCGUGUGGAAUAUGGAUGACUGAAAGUGACUACACCAUUUUUGUAUGGAGGCAGAAAGCACCCUCUUCAUCCGAACAGCCUACAUCCGACAUAACACCAACGCUCCACGUUCACGAUCCCGCAGCCCAACUGCCGGAGCCACCUGCGUAUUGCAACCCAUCCUUUUACCUAUUCAGUUCUUCACGUGUAGCUUCGCCGCGUCCUCGGUCAGCGCGGAGCGCCAAGUCUCACAAGUCUAGGGCAAUUCAUCCUAAUCCACCCGAUGCCGAAGGGAUCUCAGGGGUUGCGAAGCACAGAAGAGAUUUUGAGAGAUUUCAUAGCGAAAACGGUGUACGUACUGUUUUGGGCACUAUCGGCCCAGUCGACAAUGUUCGUAUGCUGUUAAAGAACGGUUACCGCCAUGUCUACAUCUCACGCAAGUUUGCGUUAAGGCAUGGAUUUAUUCCAGGAGAUGCAGCACCAGGGCACUAUGGCUAUAGUGGCCUCGUCAACCUUGGCAAAUGGCCGAUCACCUUGAAGACAGCUGCAGAUUUCACUGAUAGCACACAUACUAACGGCAUUUCAAAUGCAGGACAGAGUUUGAAUCACUCGCGACCCAGCAAGUCAAAGACCGUUUCUGUCCCCGUCUUCUUGUCCGAGGAGCCGCACUUUGACGUCGUGCUUGGCCGCUCGUUCUUUGAGAAACGCCAAAUAAAGACUUCAUCCAUAGAUCCUACCGAGGUUAUCUGUCUUGAUACUGGGGACAAAAUCGAGUGUGAAUUGGUCAUACUCAAAGAUGGUAGGGGUCAGAUUGUCACUGUUACAUAG